AUGGUGGUUAACUGGGCAGUCAAUGCUCAGGGGCUGGUUGUGAGACCCUCAUUUGGUGGCGUUAUCAGCAUUGCCAUCAACCCAGGUGCACGCGCUUCGGAAUUCCUAGAAUCGUCCCCAAUUUCUAUCGAUGAUGUCCCAAUUGACUUCGAACUCCCAGUGCCUUCCACGCCUGCUUCUUCUGCCGAGAGCUCAUUGACGCCGUUCUCCCCGCCGCCGACGACAUUGCCCACUCCUGAUAAGUACGAUACGCGUCUUUGGGGACAUUUUCCGGGUUGGGUAUGGUCAGAAAGAAGCAAAGACAACUACUCAUGGGCUUGGGAAUAUGGAUACGACAUACAACAUGACGACGAGCGCAGAUGGGUCUGCAAGCCGUGUAUUCAGAAGAACGACCCCAGACCUAAGAAUUUCGUUGCUAUUGGCCUUCAGAAUGCGCUGAAUCACUUAUACAAGGAUCACGGAAUAUCUGCACCAGAUAACAAGACAAAGUCCGGCUUGCAAAAGAAAGCCGAGGAGAAGCCAGGGAGCAAGAGGCCAAGAUCGAUUGUGGAUAUAUGGAAGCUCGACCCUUUAAGACCUCGAGAACAGGCGAUUGCCAACUCUAUGAUACGCGGAUUUAAUCGAAAUCACUUUCAACGUCUCCUGAUCGAGUGGAUAGUCGACACGAAUCAGUCGACACGAAUCAUCAAGAUCACGAACGCCAACAUCUCUGAUACCACAGUUCGCGCGCUCAUCAACUCCGAAUUUAAAAAGCACAAGGCGCGCGUCAUUGAAGCCCUGCGAAAGAGCCCCGGCUUAAUACACGUCAGCUUUGACGGAUGGAGGGCGCGGAAUCGACACUCGUUAUACGGUAUCGUGUGCUUCUUCAGGGACGAGAAUAGCAAGCCCCACAAGGUCGCUCUGGGGGUCCCCGAAGUCCGCAGACAUUCGGGGAACAACAUUGCAACAGAAGUCCUUUAUACCAUCGAGGCUUUUGGCAUCGAGGAGAAUAUUGGGUAUUUUACCCUUGACAAUGCCGAGAACAACGACACAGCACUUGAGGCUAUUGGCAAAAAGCUCGGCUUCAAUGGCGCUCGAAGGCGAGGCCGCUGCUUCGGCCAUAUAGUCAAUCUGUCUGCGAAGGCACUACUGUUCGGGAAGGAUACAGACGCGUUCGAAGAACAACUUUCUGGUGCAGAAGCGCUGUCUGAAGCCGAAUACGAACUUUGGCGACAGAAAGGGCCGGUUGGGAAGCUCCAUAAUUUCGUCGUGGAUGUUGAUCGAUCGGACAGACUGACAUACCUGUUGAAAGAACUUCAAGAGUACGACAUAUCCAUGUCGGACGAUCCGAAAAUACGGUCAAAAAGCCCCGUCUCGGUAGUGCUAGAUAACGAUACGCGCUGGCUUUCCCAGCUCUAUAUGAUCCGCCGCGCCUUGAGACUUCGAAGGUACUUCGAACUGCUAGUCGCGAAGUUCCGAAUCCAAUGGGAGGAGGAGAAUACAUCAAAAAGAACUGGCCAGUUGAAAAAGUCGGCUGUCCGGCCUCGAAUCCUUAGAGACGAGAACCAACUUACGGCCAACGAUUGGUCUGUACUUCAACACUUCGCGACGAUCCUUGGAUACUAUGAAGAUGCAGUCAAGACUCUAGAAGGCGACGGUUUAAUCAGGAAACGCAAGAGGGGUUAUACUGGUUCAUAUGGGAACGUUUGGGAUGUGAUCAAUGGGUUUGAAUUCCUGCUUGGCAAGCUCGAAAAAUAUAAGGCGAUGGCAAAAGAUUUUCCUGACCCCGAACAGUUCAGGAUCGGCAUAAAUAUGGCCUGGGAGAAAUUAGACAAGUAUUACACUAUUCUCGACACAACACCGAUAUAUUAUACCGCCCUCGCACUCCACCCGGCAUACAGAUGGGGAUGGUUCGAGCAGGCCUGGGUACAUAAGCCCGACUGGAUCAGAUCUGCAAAAAGGAUAGUUCAAGAAGUGUGGGACGAGUCCUAUCGAGAUUUCCAUAUUGUGGUGGCCUCAAAUGACGAGCCUGUUGCAAAACGACAGAAGCAAUACUACAAUGCCUUCGAAGAGCAUUGCGAACAGUCCCGUAUCGACUCCAUACAGACAGAGCCUCUACUGGACGACGACACGGUUGGCGACGAAUACGAACGAUGGCAAUCGAGCCAUGAGAGCACUGACAAGACUGUGCGAGAUCCGAUAGCGUAUUGGCAUGAGAAGCGCCUGCAAUACCCUCGUCUCUCCCGAAUGGCCCUCGACUUUGUCACAAUACAAUCAAUGUCUGCAGAAUGUGAGAGGAUGUUCUCGGCAGCAGGGCAGAUGGUUGUUCCCCAACGGUGCAAUCUUCAGGCGCAAACAGUUGGGAUGUGUCAGGUAUUGAGGUCGUGGUUUCGGGCAGGCAUUAUCAACGACCUAGAUCCGUUAUUUCUCUCGAUCAUAGAGGAGAAGAAAGAGCUCGAGGGCAUCCAUCUUAAUGAUGAUGAGUUCAGAAGACGGGAGCUAUCGUGGCUCGCUGCCGCGGCGAAAACAGCUGGCCAUUGA